UCAGGAGCAGGAGGAGCUGAGUGGAGCCUCCAUAAGGCUGCUUUACAUACACGGGACUAAACAGGUGACAACAACAACAAACCUGCCCAGUCUGUGCGAUUCCAGCUGUGGAAGUGCGAUGUCUUCUCCCGGCGCCACCACCAACCCACUGAACAUCCAGGCGUCCAAAAGAAAAACCAAGAAGAAACACUUUGUGCAGCAGAAAGUGGAAGUUUUCAGAGCGAGUGACCCGGUGUUGAGUGUGUUGAUUUGGGGAGUCAAUCAUUCGAUUAACGACCUGUGCCAGGUGCCUGUGCCUGUCAUCCUGCUUCCAGAUGACUUCAGAGCCAGCACCAAGAUCAAAGUGAACAACCACCUCUUCAACAAAGAGAAUCUUCCAGGACAGUUCAAGUUCAAAGAAUACUGUCCACAGGUGUUCAGAAACCUGCGAGAGCGCUUUGGGAUUGAGGACCAAGAUUAUCAGGUGUCUCUGACUCGCAGUCCUCCAUUCAAAGAUGAGGAAGGACAAUGCGAGGGGCUGCUCUUCACAUCAUACGACCGCACUUUGGUAGUAAAAGAAAUCUCCAGUGAGGAGGUGGAGGAAAUGCACAACAUCCUCUCUGAGUAUCACCAGCACAUUGUCACCUGCCAUGGCAGUACGCUGCUGCCUCAAUUCUUGGCCAUGUACAGAGUUACUGUGGAGAGUGAGGACACCUACCUGUUAGUGAUGAGGAAUGUGUUCAGCCACAGACUGCAUGUCCACUGGAAGUAUGACCUCAAGGGCUCUCUGGUAUCUCGUGAGGCAAGUUUUAAAGAGAAGGUGAAAGAGCUGCCCACUUACAAGGACGUAGACUUCAGGAAUAAUAUGCAGAAACUUUACGUGAGUGAUGAGGAGAAGGAGAAGAUCAUGGACAAGCUCAACAGAGAUAUUGAGUUUCUGGUUCGGAUGAGGAUCAUGGACUACAGCCUCCUGCUCGGUAUCCAUGAUGUCGAGCGGGCCGAGAGAGAGGAGGAGGAAGAAGAGAUGGAGUCGUCCUAUGAGGAGGAAGAGGAGGAUGAAAACGGCGUGGCUCCUGCUCCAGUCUCUACUUCACCUGAGGGGAUCGCUGGCUACAUGAACUCCUUCAAACCCAUGGGUCCUGGGGAGUUUGACCCCUAUGUGGAUAUGUAUGCUAUUCAGAGCGCUGUAGGUGCACCCCAGAGGGAAGUGUAUUUUAUGGGUCUGAUUGACGUGCUGACGCAGUACGACACCAAGAAGAAAGCUGCUCACGCUGCUAAGGCUGUCAAACACGGGGCAGGAGCAGAAAUCUCAACUGUUCACCCAGAGCAGUAUGCCAAACGUUUCCGAGAAUUCAUCACAAAGAUCUUUGCUUAGUUCAAGGAUUCAGUCAAGGAUCAUGCAAGUAUCAAAAAAGAGGAGUUUCAUUAUGCAAUAUUCACAGGAUGCCACAUAAAAUCAACUUGAAGAAACACUGGAAAUUUUGUUAAUUGUUAAAUGAUUUAUAUGUUAUGAACAUCUGCUUUAUUUUGAAUGAAGAACAGGAAUUUGUAAACAGAUUGUAUUUGCUGAAUAAAAAGUUAAAUCAGUGGCUCAUUGGGGGUUGAGUUGUGGCUGCGGUGAUAAAAACAAAUUUCUCAAAACCUUAA